AUGCACCCGCCCGGCGCCCCGCUCGCCAUGGCCGAGGGCGCCUUCUCGCUGGCCGCCCCGGCGGCGCGGAGCCCCGGCGGAAACCCGUCGAGGCUUCACAGCAUCGAGGCUAUCCUGGGGUUCACCAAGGAAGACGGGCUGCUGGGCGCCUUCCCGCCCGACGGCAGCGCCAAGGAGGCGGACCGGCGGGGCCCCGGCACUGCCUGCCCAAGAUGCCCGGAGAGCAGCCGCCGGCCGAGCCCCAGGGCCAUCCCGUCGGUGACCCCCCGUCUUCCCCUCGCAGAGCCGUACUGUCCCGGCAGCGCCAGCCCCGAGCUGCCCGCUGGCAGCAGCGGCGAGGGGAAGCCGUCGGAAGAGGAACAGCCCAAGAAGAAACACCGGCGAAACCGCACCACCUUCACCACGUACCAGCUUCACGAGCUGGAGCGUGCCUUUGAGAAGUCCCAUUACCCCGACGUGUACAGCCGCGAGGAGCUGGCCAUGAAGGUCAAUCUGCCCGAAGUCCGCGUCCAGGUUUGGUUUCAGAACAGAAGGGCUAAGUGGAGGCGGCAGGAGAAAUUGGAGGUGACCUCCAUGAAGCUGCAGGACUCGCCCAUCCUCUCAUUCAACCGCUCGCCGCAGGCAGCGCCCAUGGGUCCUCUGAGCAGCAGCCUGCCCCUGGAGACGUGGCUCAGCCCGCCGGUGCCCAGCAGCACGGCCCUGCAGAGCCUGCCCGGCUUCGUGGCCUCGCCGCAGAGCCUGCCCGGCAGCUACACGCCACCGCCCUUCCUGAACUCUCCGGCGGUGACCCACGCGCUGCAGCCCCUGGGGGCCAUGGGGCCGCCGCCGCCUUAUCAGUGUGGGGCCACCUUUGUGGACAAGUUCCCUUUGGAUGAGGCAGACCCGCGCAACACCAGCAUUGCCGCCCUGCGGCUGAAGGCCAAGGAGCACAUCCAGUCCAUCGGCAAGCCCUGGCAGACAAUCUGA